UAACGGUCGUCUCGCGACAAAUCACAGGCAAAAGUUGUUUUGACGAAAAUUAAAACGUUUCAGUUUGUCACGAGGUUGGAGUAAUAAUAUGUUCAACUACUUAAGAUAUUGGUUCGAAUCUAGCGUGUGCUUUUAGAUUUCGAGAAAAUUAAGAACUAAUGAAGAAUUGUUCACUUCUCUCCUUGACUUGAUUGUGGCGAGAGUCAAACCUCUCGCUUCGCCUUUUCCUCUGGUGAAACUUAAAUCUCGGGCGGGAACAAGUUCACGUUUUAGUUUGCCGGUUGGCGAGCUAGGCAAACAAAUAUAUUUGGAGCUAACAGCAUUCUUUACAUUUGUAUAUUGAAAAGAUACCUGGAGCCAGAAGAACAGUUGCGCACGACAGCUAACAGUAACUUCGUUUGGUCGAGGAGGAUGAUGAUAUCCAAGGGACAGAAGCGCAAACUCCAUGAUGAUGUCGUGGGGGGCAUGCGUAGCGCCACUUGGGAGAGCCAGCGGCAAUCAGUGCUGGUCAUCUCCCUCGACAAGUACCACCGCGGGAAGGCACUGGUGGAGCCUAGUUUGCGCCGCUCCGUGUUGAUAACCAACACCCUUCGGCAGAUACACAUAGAAAACAAGCCUCCAUCUGGGUUAGUUAACCUGUCAGGACCUGUGCCACCCAUGGUCCCAUCUAACCCCUGCACCCACCGGGAGUCUGGUCUGGGUGUUGUAAACAGUGUCGAGGACAUGGAGGAGGUCUGGAUGUCCUCAGAGAGUGACUUCUCCCUGUCAGCUGCUGUCUCCUCCAUCCUGAAAGAACUAGACUUGGCCGUUGAUGGAGGGCCAGGGCCUCAGGCACCUCAGAGGACACCUUUCAUGUCCAUUGAGAACCUACCUGGAGACCUGGGGUUCAAACAGGCCCCCACAUGGCACUGGAGUUCUGAGUGGCGCCCUGAGGGUUCUAGAACCUCAGAGGGGGUGGCAUUUGGUAGUGUGGAGGAGGUCAUGCAUUCCAGCUACCUGCAGGAUGUGAAACUGGAUGAACUUUUCCAUGACAUUGACACAUCUGUGUUUGACAGGGAGAUGGGGGUCCGAGCACUCUCUGCUGCAGCCAGUGACGAGCUGCUUAAGUACUUACCCUCUCUGUCCUCCGUUCCGUCCACUUUGCCCUCUCCCUUCUCCCUCAACCAGAGCUUCAGGGACCUGAAUGAGCUGGAGCACAUCAUGGAAAUACUGGUAGAGUCUUGAUCACCAGAACGUUGAGGAAAUUAUUACAUUAUAAAGAGAACAAGACGUUGAAAUGUAGUGUUUACUCUGUCCAAUUGAUCACAUGGAUUAAUGACUGAAAUGCGCUGUUUUUAUACAAAAGAAGAAAAGGCUGAAUGAGAGACUAGCCUACGUUUUCUAUUAGUGGUGUUUUAAAUGUUAAAUGUAAUAUCCCUUAUGCCUAGCUAUAUCAAGAGAUUAUAUUGUAAGAUGUUCCUAAUAGCAAAGCAGUUCAGAUUGAUGUCCAAUAAAUUAAUUAGUGGGUAGGAUUGACUCAAACAGUUGGAAUUUUGGAAUACCAUUACAUGCCUCAGGCAUCUACUGAAGGGAAGAUA